AUGACCAGAAAGCUUGCUGAAAUAAUUAGAUUCGUUUUGAUGGUACAACUCUUUAUCAGUAGUAUGCUUAUAAUUAUAAUAGGAUUUCAAUUUAUCAUUGCCUUAACAACCAACGACUAUGGUAUGAUGUCAAAAAGCUUUUUGGUACUUAGCGCCUUUCUGAUACAAUUAACGUUAUAUAGUGUUGUCGGAGAUUAUUUAAAGACAAAGAUGGAAGAAGUCGCGCAGUCUGUUUAUCACAGUUUUUGGUAUGAUCUUCCUAUAAAAGUAACAAAAAAUAUAGUAUUUAUCAUGAUGUGGACUCAGCUUCCGAUUAAACUGCAAGCUGGAUACUUCGUUGUAGAUUUGGGAACUUACAUGAGCAUUUUAAAAACAUCUAUUUCAUAUUUAUCUGUUUUACGCGUAAUGGUAGAAGCGUAA